GAUCAAUGAAACGUAUACAUAUAUACGUAUGAAGUCGCAUGUAUUGCCAGCGUGCUUCAAAGUAGCAAAUGGACGGCGGCCUGACUCACGUUCCGGUUACGUCAGGAGCGAUGACAGCAAGCGUGUGGACGCGAGUGUCCUGGUAUCUCGUAGGUGCUUGUAUGGCGAAUACACGAAGGAACGAUGUCGGCGGCCUCCACGUCGAUGCGCGAAUCGCGCUUUCCCAGCGAGACGCUCAAUAAUCCGCUUCCUCGGCUCACGCUUCUCGAAACGGUCCAAGUAAAUGGGAGAGAGAGAGCGAGAGGAUGUUCUAUCUUGUUCAGGAGAAGCUCGCAUCGCGUCGUUACACUUGCCGCGAGCUCGGUCCUAUGAAUCCCGAUGAGUCGGUGUUAUAACUCUCCUCGAUGUUGAGCGCUGGCGAUGCGUAUGCAUGAGGCGACGAUGAGGCGUUCCAUCGGGUGCACGUUCUCAGCAGUCUAAGGGAAUUCAGAUAUGGCUGAGGGUGGGACGGAGCCGAAGUUUAUUGACGGUCAGGUUUCGAAGGGUCAGUUAGAGAUAAACGAGUGCCUCGGUAACUGGCUGACGUACUUGCAGACACUUAAUGGCCUAUGUACAGCUGGUACUAAAUUGGCCCAAUCCCUGCAAGGGCUUCUCUCGGUUCACGACACGGUGGCACAGUGUCGUUUGACAGGUCAGUGUUUGGCCGGUUGGGAGGAAUUGGCAAGGGCUACGCAUGUGGCCAGCAAUACUGUGAAGAACCAUGUAAUCACUGCCCUGAGGGAUCACGAGUCUCGUGAUAAUGACGGGGACAAACAUGACAUUCUCAGAGAGAAUCUCUUGACAUUCAUAAACUUGCAAUAUCAAUUCUGCGUUGCUUGCUGUGAAUGUUUAGGUGGCAUGGCGGAAUGCUCAUGCUCGCAGAGCGGUAGCGGUGAUUGCGAUAUCGCCGCUCUUCAACAAUGCUUCGAACGUCUUUACAGUUCACCGAUACCACCCAUAUCCACCUCGUCCACUCAGCAUUCUGCUCAAAAUUACCAGAGGUCCCCCUUGCCGUACUCGUUGUUUCCUCUGCAGGUUCAGAGGAGAUGGUCGGAAACCGCGGCGGCGGAAAUGUCGGGCGAAUCCUGCGAGAACACGGUGAGGCGUUGGUCGAUGCCCUGGGACUGCAGGCACGUCAUAGAAUGGCCACGUCAGGAUGCGAGGUCGAGAUUAAGAGUGCCCCAGCAGGACCGCAGCAGGUCGACCACGCCUGAUUCGGUGUGGAAAACGUCCACCAUGGCUAGUCAGGACGGUCUUCAAGAAGCCAUUCAGCUGCUUUCUUGCAAGCCAGGAGUUCGACCGUCCAAUCAACUCUCGGCUUACACUAGUCAACAUAUCCCGGGCGUCACGUUGACGACCUGCAACUUCGAGUCGAACUAUGACUCUGCUAUUUGGCCAAGCUCGCGUAGAAUAGGCUCGCCUAGGUGCUGGCCGCAGGAUUCCAGCGACCAUUCUGAUCAGUCCGGACAUCGCGACAGCGAUCAGAGUGUCCACAGCGGCGAGCACAGGGACUCGGAACAGAGCGGUGCCAGCGGCAGCCACGGCGACAGUAAAGACAGCAUUCACUCGCAUUGCGAUCAUCGGGAGAUCGAAACCGGUACUGCGGACACACUGCCGUCUCGCAAGAGCAGCUCGUCCACUGAUUCCUGCAUCUCGGCGCACAGCAGGUCAGGCUCGGAGAGCGCAGGUGGCGGGGAGUGCACGAGGUCGCAAUUGUAUUCGAUGUGGAGCGGCGGCGACUUAUCCUUUAUCAAGUUGCCGGAGAGCAACGAAAUACAAGAUGAACAUCCACCCGCUUAAAUAUCCGCCAUCUCGUUUUAUACGAUGUAUCCACAGGCAAAACAGACGACCUUCGAAUCGUCGAGUGCACAAGAGACGAUUCCUUCCGAACUCGAGGAAGGGAAGUGUCGCACGCGCGCGAUAAAAGGAAGACACAUGACACUUUUAUCUAAAACGUUUUAUCUUAUUCUACAUAUUGUGCGAAGAGGUUCCUGAAGAGGACACUAACCGUUUGGAUAUAUUUUGCGAUCGAGUUGAUUCAAAGAUAAAUCUCUCGUCGCUAGGAUACAAUUCGUUGACUCGCGUUGAUUCACCUGGUGAAUUGACCAAUUCUAUUUGUCACGUGUACAUGUUUGAUAUUUGUGGGCGCAGUAUGACGGCGCUUAAUACGUGCAUAUUGACUGUGCGACUAACGAUAAAAAAACAUAUAUGUGUACUUAAAAGACAUCAUACAGGGUGCUCCCAGCUAUUUAUAACAUUACUAUAAACCAAAAAAACACCACGCAAUACGAGUUUCGAAACUCGUAUUGCGGCGAAACGUGUUUCGAGAACACGUAUCGUAAUAUCGCAUUUAAAUAGUAUCUGUUAACAAACAAAUACUACGAAAUAAUAUUCCGGUUUUGCGCUUGCAAAACGAACGCCCUGUACGCUGUUAACUCGUAUAUACGUAUACGAUUCACAGAUCUAUAAUACAUUAUUGCAUAAUUACGUAUAAUUCGGCAAUUGUCACUCAAAAUUGGUCGCAAAAUGUUUCUUAUAAUUUUAUCAUUUGUUAGACUCUGUCUGCGAACACGUUGCUCUUCAAUCUUCCGUGCUUAGCUCAGUAUCGAAACGCAUGCACGCGCGAUCGCUAAACAUUUCACGUUGCCUUGCUCAGCGAGCACGCGUGCACCGUCGUGGAUACGUGGAGUGCCGCUCAUAAAUUUCCAGAGACUGUUACCGCAAGCGUAUACACGUAUCUGCAGGCAUGCACGCGUAAUUUUAUUCUGAGAACUCACAAAUGUUGGCUUUUCAUCUUCCUGCUUGAGGGAAUUCCGAGGAGAUUCAGCGUGUGUAAAACAACAUCGAUGUCUGAUCGAUUUGAUGUAUGUACAAUCUUAACGGAAAAAAUAGUACUGUAGGCACAACCAGAUUUAUGUGUGGGCCAACUAUACUGUUUUGUACUUAUAUGGCACGGACGUGAUAAUCAAGACUCUCGAUGACAUUCUUACUCGAGUGCAUUCUUAAGAAAAAGGGGAACAAAACAAAAGAGGUUAUACAUACAUUCGCACAUUGCGUAACUGCACUUGCAUACGGAGACCAGGUGAAGCUUGGAGGCUGAUCUUAUAUUCGGUAAACUCGUUGCAUCUUAACAUUAUAUUAAAACAUGUGAGUUACUUUAUGAUAAAAUUUAUUGAAAAUAUCUUUAACGGUUAUACACUCUCACGUUCGCUUCUCGAGCUUUUUUUUAUAAUUAGAUUUAUUUUAUGCCAUCACUAACAUCGCUCGUAGACAACGGAAAGAAUAAAUUCGCUUUCGAGUGAGCGUCCUUUGAAGAUCACUCCUAAAUGAUCGUAGAGACCGCUCUGCGAUCAGUUAUGAUCAGUCUCUGAGUUCAGAAAGCAGAAUUUUGGAGCGUGUAUAUUGAUAGUUUAAUCGGCGAAUUUUACUUCAGAAUCACUUACUGUCUUGCUCGAAGGAAAAAUUCUCAAAUGCACGAAAUUCAGCGUAACUUUCAAAAGGCACUCUUGUACACGAUAACAAAAAAUAACAGAAACAUUAGUCUUUUUAAAAUUAAUCAUCACGUCCGUAACUACGAUCAGCGUGUCAGUAUAAAAAAAAUCACUCACGAAACACUAUCUCUUCAUGAAGAGGAGACGGGAAAUGUUGGUGAUGACUAAACUUCGUCAUCGACCAAGUCAUCCUCUACUUGACCAUAAUCAUCGUACUGAUCCUUCAGGUCGUCGUCCUCGUCCUUUUUCAAAGGACAAUUUAAGCAUCUUGACUCGUUCACCCCAUAGUUGAUGCACGUGUCACCUAUGCACUCGCAGCAACCAUCGUGGAACCACCUGUAGCUGGUGGCGCCCAUACUCUGACAAGACGCGCUGCAUUUGUUCCAAGAAAUGCACUGUGCCAUAAAGGCAACUGUGCAGUUGACUGUCAUCACGUUCGGCUUCAGGGCGUUCAAUUCUCCGUCGAGGUUGGUCUCUAUGGCAUAUUCAAACGUACGUUAUUAUUUUUCUGACCCGCUCUGCGAGCAACGUGUCGAGCAACGUCGUUCGCGAGGAGUUGUUUGUUUUGAGGAUAGGAUAAUUUUGUUAUACUCGUUAAUUUGUUUCGUCUCAUCGUUCGAUUAUAUCGACCGUGAGAAACGGAACAGAUGUCGAUGUUACUUGGACAUUAAAUAAAUAAACAAAUAAAUAAUUAAA